CAAACAAUAUUUGGCAAUUCAUUUUGUAAAACUUAUGUUCUUUUUAAAUAAAAUUAUAGUAACUAUAUUAUAAUGAGUAGACGCAUUUUUCGUCUACCUUCAAAAAAAAGUUCCAAAGCGGAAAGAGCUGAAAGAGAUGAUAGCAGCAUGGGAGAUGGUAGUCAUGUUCAAAGUGCUGCAUGUCUUGGUGGAUCCAUGGAUGAUAUUUUUUGUGAUGCAAUUUUUGGUUCACCUAAUGUUAGCAAUAAAGAAUCCCCCCGACAACCUUCGCCAAAAAAAAAUCAAAAAUCAGAAUCAAUUGAGCGUGGUAUUGGAGAUGAGGCGAGGAGAAAAUCUUCGCCAAAAAAAAAUCAAAAAUCAGAAUCAGUUGAGCGUGGUAGUGGAGAUGAGGCGAGGAGAAAAUCUGUUAAGAAAACAAAAAAGAGUAUUAAGAAUUUGCCAAAAUUAGUUAGUGAAAAUAUAGUUAAUAUGGUUAAUGAGAGUGAAAUAAGUAAGCUUACUGAAUUCUUAAAUAGCGUUUUCGAACGGCGUUUGCGUGAUUUAGAUAAUCCAGUCACUAACUUGAACAAACAACUGAAAUUAGAAGUUUAUCGAGACUGGAUAGCAAUGCUUUCUAAACUGAAUAAGUCAAUUUUCAUAAAUAUGGAAUCAUUAGAAAAUGAUGCAGUUGAGCUUUUAAUGAAACAGCAAGAUCUCUUCAAAAUAAAAACUGCGGAAGAUAAUGAAAUGGAAAAAAAGUAUCGUAGUGAUAUAUGUAAACUUAUAAAAAUCUAUCGCGUUGCUUAUGGAACCGGACAAUGGAAUUUUGAUGUAGAGUUUAAUACCAUACGCAAGGAAGAAAUUCUUGGUGAAAACCGAACAUCACAAUUGUCAAAAAGAAGUGGCAGACUUGGCAAGAAAUAAAAAUCAAUCGCACAUUUAAAACUUUUGUUUUGUGUCUGCUUAUUGUAUAAAUCAUAUUAAAAAAUGACUGAAAUUUCUUAUGUCAUUACGUAUUAUAUCCAGAAAAAUAGUCGGAGAUAUUAGGUUAAGUAUAUAACUACCCUU